UCCACAGCAACUUUUUCUUCUGUCUGAUCUAAAAGGAGAAAGCUGACAGGACAGCACCGGCAAUGAUGGCAAACCUUUGCUUAUUUGGAUCUUAAUGGCUGGCGGUGUCCCUGUGGAUUGAAGAGGGAGGAUGGCAUAUCCAGAGAAGUCUCACUUGAGGAGAUCCUUCAGUGAGCACAUCAGGGUCUCCACCAACAAAGCCUGGGAUAUCUUUUGGAAGAGUGCACGAGAAAAGCGUUUAUCAGAAAUUGAAGCCAAGGAAGCCUGUGAUUGGCUGAAGGCUGCUGGUUUUCCCCAGUAUGCUCAGAUGUUUGCAGAUAUGCAGUUUCCAGUUGACAUAAAAACUGUGAGGAAAGAUCAUGACUUUUUAGAUCAAGAUGAAAUAGAAUCUCUCUACAGACGGUUAAAUACCUUGAAUAAGUAUGCAGAAAUGAAGAUGGAAAUAAGUAAGCCGAGAAAGCGGAGUGAUGAAUCUGAAGAUGAAGAACCUUGUGCAAUAAGUAACAAAUGGACUUAUGAGAAAGGUACCAAAAGAUGGUCCCAUCUGGAAAAUAUAGAGGUUUCUUGUGCACGAAGACCUGAAAACCUGAGACUUAAAAGCAACGGCAGUGGGGAUAUUAUAUUUUCGGAUCAAGGAGACAUUCAUCAUGACAAAACUUCAGUUCAUAGUUCUAGCAGUGGGGAUAGUGAUAUAAUCAAUUUCCCCAAGAUUUGCGAUGUUGAAACCUGCAGAAGCUCUUCAACCUGUUCCUCGAAUAAGUUGGCAUCCCCUGACUCUGUUUCCAGUUGCUCUCCUUCUCUUACUGAGACCUUGAAUAUGACAAGUGAGGAGAAGAACUUGGAUAAACUAUGCCAUAAAAAAGGAAACAGUUUCUUAAAGAAAAUGGAGAAGUUGCGCUUAAGAAGUGGCACCUGUAAGAAACAAAUGAAUUUGAAGGCCAAAUUCAACAUUAGUGAGCCUAUUCUCCUAGAGGGAUUGAGUGAAGAAAAAUUGAGAAGCUUAAAUUGUAUAGACAUUUCUGAUGCACCAGUGAGUCGAGUGAUACAGCCUUCUUACUAUCCCCAGAGCUGUAGUAGCAGCAGCAGCAGCAGCAGUCAGUCUGGAGACAGUAGCACUGUGAGCACCCCAAGCCCAGUCAGCAAAGUAAGGAGACACAGUAAAAGCGGAGGAACAUAUGCUGAAGAGUUUGAUCCCAGCAAGCUUUCCUUAAGGAGUGAUGUUUCUGAGCAAAACUUCAACAGUGAGAUAUGUUUGCACAAAAACAAAGUAUUUCAGGUACCACAAGGUCAUAAGCCUGGGACUUUCCCCAAAGCGCUUACAUAUAGUCUAUUAUCUCCAAUAGACAAUACCUCAGUAAACUGGAGGACGGGGAGUUUUCAUGGAUGCCAGAGAAGCAGGGAUAAGACUAAUUCUCAGGAGCCUGAAGGGUCAUGUGACUCUCCUUCACUGAUGGAUAACAGGCUGAGUAUAUAUGACAAUGUGCCAGAAAAUUUUCACAAAAUGAAUUCACCAGAGACUGAUGAUGACGAUGUCUUUACGGAACUAGACAAUGUUAUGGAACACGUGAAUGGACUCAGGAAGUUGGUCAGCCAAUGGACAGAAAAAUUAUCUGAUGAUGGUGACUCUGAUUCUGCAAGUUACUCUAACCAAUCCACUUCUCCAUGCCCGUCAUCUCCUAAAGAAAUCCAUCUUGAAAUUAAAAAGCAUUCAGAAGAAAAAUCAGCAGAAUUGCCAAAUAUUGAUGGUGAAGACUGCUGUAGACACCUUGGCGAGCAGGGUCUAAUGGAACUGACGUAUGUAAUGGGAACAGGAACAGGGAUGAUACCAACACAUUCCAUUAGGCAUGGGAAGAGACCAUGGUCUAGUAGAGAAGGCACACAUUUUGAAAGUCUUUCUCUACAAAUGGACAGUCAAUCAGCAAAAUGUCUGAACCGCAUGCAAAAGCUUGCUUUGUUAAAAUUAACUACUUUAAUGGACAAAUACUCUCCAUCUAGCAAACAAGGAUGGAACUGGACUAUUCCAAAAUUCAUUAGAAAAAUAAAAGUCCCUGAUUAUAAAGAUAAAAAUGUAUUUGGAGUACCAUUACUGUUAAAUGUUCAAAGAACAAGUCAUCCCAUUCCAAGGAGUAUAUUCCAAGCUAUGGACUAUUUAAGACACCAUUUUCUUGACCAGGUUGGUCUUUUCAGAAAAUCUGGUGUAAAAUCUAGGAUCCUCUACUUAAGAGAAAUGAAUGAAAUUAACCCAAAUAACAUAAAUUAUGAGGAUCAAUCGGCCUUUGAUGUGGCAGACAUGUUGAAGCAGUAUUUCCGAGAUCUUCCAGAACCUAUAUUCACUAGCAAGCUCUGUGAAACCUUCCUGCACAUCUAUCAAUACCUACCAAAAGAUCAGCAAUUUUGCGCUGUCCAGGCUGCUAUUCUGCUUCUCCCAGAUGAAAACCGUGAAGCUCUGAAAAUUCUGUUGUACUUCCUUAGGGAUGUUGUGAUGUUUGUGGAAAAAAAUCAGAUGACUCCAGCCAAUAUAGCUGUGUGCCUGGCACCAUCUUUAUUCCACCUCAACACCUUGAGGAGAGACAGUUCUUCAUCUUCUAGAUCUAGCCAAAGGAAGCUCAGUACAGGAAAACCUGAUCAGAGGGAUUUGAGUGAGAACUCGGCUGCAACGCAUGGCCUGGCCCAUAUGAUCAUGCAGUGCCACAGAUUAUUUGGGGUACCCAACUAUUGCUUUGAUCAGGGGUAUGAAAAUGAUCACAGCCAAGCAGAUUCAGGUGAAGUAGCUCCACAUCAAGCCAUUUUAAAAUAUUCUAACAUAGUGACAUCCCUGGAACACUUCAUGCAGAACCUACUCAGAGAUGCCAAAGAAAAAUUCAAGAACUGGGUCACUUGCUCCGUCUUAGAAGGAGUAGACUCGGCAUAUAAGAAGGUGGAUGAUAACUACCACAUCCGUUUAUGGAAAAUGUCUGUUGAAAUUGAUGCUGUUCCUAAAGUUAUUCUACACCGGAUAUUGAUGGAGCAACAUCUGUGGGAUCCAAAUCUUCAACAAACAAACAUCCUGGAGAUUUUAGAUGAUGAAACAGAUAUUUAUCAGUACACAGCAGCAAAUAUGUCUCCACUUCUUCCAAGAGAAUAUGUCGUCCUAAGAACUUGGCGGACUGACCCUCAAAGUGGCACAUGUGUUCUAGCAGCUACCUCAACAGAUAACAAGGGUGCUACUGUGAAUGGGAUUUUGGCUCACGUCAUACUUUACCAGUACCUUAUAGAAGUUGUUGCUGGUUCCCAGAAAUCCAAAGUAACAUAUGUUUGUCAAAUAGAUACCAGGGGCCGGACCACAGAAUGGUAUAAGAGGGUUUUUGGUCAUAUCUGUGCUGCAGACAUGAUAAGGAUUAAAAAUUCUUUCAAAGCAUCCCCUUACCGAAAUUAAACCAAAGACAACAAUUUGAUACUUCUGGAGAUGAAGACAAUGCAAGAUGGCUUCAGUUACCAUUUUCAAAUUUUGAUUACCUGAGAAAACAGUAUAUAAAGCUAUCAAAAAAUCAUUUUACAACUGAAAGUUUCAGUUUAAAUGUACCUUUCAACUGAAUAAUUUACACAUUAUUCUUUUACAUUGUUUUGCCAAGAAAAUGAAAUUUUGUUUACUUCUUAAUUUAUUUACAAGGAAUAUCUUUUAAUAGUAUAUUUUAACUAAUGUGUAAAUGAAAUAUAUUUUUAGAUGUUUUAUUGAUUGAAAAUGUGAAAGCAAUAGUAAAAUUGUAUCAGCGGCUUACAGCCUGACCAGCUUUUAUGCUGUUUCUUCUUUUUAUUAUUGUACCAUAUUAGGAAAGAGAGAGACUUGUAUAAGAAGCUAAGUAAGCUAAUUACAUUAUAUAUAUUGGUCAUAGAUUUUUGUAUCUUGAGUAGCCACAAUCAUCUACUUGAGAAUUUAUAUAUCCAUUUUUAAUGCAGGAAUUUUUCAAUUUGCUUUAUAAGACACGCUCAAGGCAAUGUUCAAAACAGAAUAGGCACUUUAAAUGGAAAAUGUUUACCUUUGGGAAAUAAUCAAUUAAACAGCAAUACGUGGAGCUGAAAACACUAGAUUCACAUUCUGUAUUUACUUAGUAUGCCCAGUUUUCAUUUGUUUUUGAACUGAAAAAUGUGGUUAGACUGAUUGAAGAUAAUCUCACUUUAAAAAAAAAUAUGAAAUCCCUACCAAUGUCUAUGGGUAGCUUUUAUUUACAAUACUGGAUGAAAAGAUUUUGGAUAAGAAACUGAAUCAGACGACUAGUUUUAUAUACAUAGUAAACCAGUUUGUAUCAGCUAUGCAAAACAUAGCAAAUUAUAUUGUGGCAUUGGGCCCAAUCAAUAGCAUAAUCUUAUCCCUCUACAAUGUGUUUUUUUUAACCACUCCAUUUCUGCCUUUUUUUUUUUUUUAAUUUUCUCACUCAUUCCAGUACAAUGGAACAUUUGAUCUUUUGGACAUUUAGUAACUCAUUAAAUAUUUUUUCUUCAUUUAUGAAAUAAGUUACCCCAAGUUUGCCAGUACUUUUGGCAUGCAGACUGCAUUUUUUGCCUCUAGCUCCACAAGCUUAAAAAGAUUCUCAAAGUAUUAUAUAAUUAAUAUUUUUAUUACUUGCUAUAAAAUAUAUUGUUUUUCCAGUUGCAUAAGCCUGUAACCCACAAUUCCUAAUGAAUGGAUGGUUGCUAACAAACAAGUCCUAACAUUACAGUUAGCUUGAUAGAAUCAAGGUAAUCACAUUAAGAUACAUAACUAUCCAGUGUGCACAAUAAGAUUUUUUUUUUAAAAAAAACCCUAAUUAAGUAAAUAGCUGCCCUAUUUUUGAUGACACCUUCACCUCAUACCCUUAUCACAACCUAUCCUAUUCAGGAUGUUCAAUGUUCAUUUUUACAGUGGCAUUUUGUGCAGCUGCUUGCAGGAGAUACCAGUGCCAAGCUCACCUUGAUUGAUCUUAAGAAAUCUAGUUAAUACAUGGAUGGAAGGCAGUCAGACUGAAAAAAAACUGAAAAAAAAUAUGGAGAAGGCAGGGCAGAACUACUGCUAUGGUUUAUGUGUGUUCAUGCAGUUAAUAGUGAUUUUAAAUUCUCGUAUUUUCUCCAGUCUGUUAGUAGAGGUUUUAAAUUCUGUAUUUUUUCCCAUCUGCCAAUCCAUCUGAUCUAAGUUUUUUAGCACAAAAUGUUUUUUUCUAAAAAAAAAACACAUAAAAGCUAGUUGCAGCAUUCUACUUGGGUAUUCUAUUUUGUGCUAUAUUUUAUACAUACUGCCAUCUAUCUGGGUUAUUUUGUUAAGGUGUUGUAAAUAUUAACUAUCCCUUAAUUUUGUACUUGAUGUAGAUAUUUAUAUACAGGGCGGGGCAUAACCUUUUCCUAGGGGGUCACAGCAACACUUGUAAUAACAACACAAAU